CCUUUAUAAUAUUCCAACUCCGAUUUGAGAAGGUGAUGCGAAUUCCCCGAUUCUAAUGGCAGUUGGCAACAAAACCAAGCCAAAACUCGAAACUGAAAAAAUCCACUAACAAAAAAAAAAAAACUUUCACACACACACACCCUCACUCUCUCACUCUCUCUCAGAUCUGAGAAGAGAGCCAGAGUCUCUCAGAUCCAAGUCGCCGGAGAACUUUUUUUCCGGUCUGGUCUCAAAAAUGGACAAGUUCCUCGACAAGUUGCCCUCCAUGGAUCUGAUGCGCUCCGAGAAGAUGACCUUCGUCCAGCUCAUCAUCCCCGUCGAGUCCGCCCACCGCACCGUUUCCUAUCUCGGCGAACUCGGCCUCCUCCAAUUCCGUGACUUAAAUGCUGAUAAGAGCCCUUUCCAGCUAACCUUUGUUAAUCAGGUAAAGCGAUGUGCAGAGAUGUCAAGAAAGCUGCGCUUUUUUAAGGAUCAAAUCAGUAAAGCUGGUCUGCUUGGGUCUAUACGUCCAGUUUCACAACCAGAUAUUGAGUUGGAGGAAUUGGAGUUUCAACUUGGUGAGCACGAACAUGAGCUGAUUGAAAUGAACUCUAAUAGUGAAAGACUUCGACAAUCAUACAAUGAGCUCCUGGAGUUCAAGAUGGUAUUGCAAAAGGCAAGCGGCUUUCUUGUUUCAAGUAAUAGCCAUGCUGUCACAGAGGAGACAGAACUAGAAGAGAAUGUUUAUUCAAUGAAUGACUAUGGUGAUUCAGUGUCACUGCUGGAGCAGGAUAUCAGACCGGGACCGUCAGAUCAAUCUGGUUUGAAUUUUGUUAGUGGGAUUAUUUGUAAAUCCAAAGCUCCAAGGUUUGAGAGGAUGCUGUUUCGUGCUACCAGAGGAAAUAUGCUUUUUAACCAAGCUCCAGCAGAUGAACAGAUCAUGGAUCCUUUAUCUACUGAAAUGGUUGAGCAGACAGUUUUUGUAGUAUUCUUCUCAGGGUUGCAGGCAAAAGCAAAGAUUCUGAAAAUUUGUGAGGCCUUUGGUGCAAAUUGCUACCCUGUUCCUGAAGAUAUUACAAAGCAGAGGCAAAUAACUAGAGAAGUUUCAUCUCGUCUUGCUGAUUUGGAGGCAACAUUGGAUGCAGGGAUUCGCCACAGAAAUAAGGCCCUUACUUCUGUUGGGUUUCACCUGGCCAAAUGGAUGAAUAUGGUAAGAAGGGAGAAAGCUGUUUAUGAUACAUUGAACAUGUUAAACUUUGAUGUUACCAAAAAAUGCCUUGUCGGAGAAGGCUGGUGUCCAAUAUUUGCAAAAACAAAGAUUCAGGAGGCAUUGCAACGUGCAACAUUUGAUAGCAAUUCACAAGUGGGUGUAAUAUUUCAUGUGAUGGAUGCUAUAGAAUCACCUCCUACAUAUUUUAGAACCAACAACUUCACAAGUGCAUUUCAGGAAAUUGUUGAUGCAUACGGCGUAGCAAGAUAUCAAGAAGCAAAUCCUGCAGUGUACACUGUUAUCACAUUUCCAUUUCUUUUUGCUGUGAUGUUUGGGGACUGGGGUCAUGGAAUAUGCUUGUUGAUGGGAGCAUUAGUUCUUAUAGCUCGUGAAAGAAAGCUCGCUGCUCAGAAACUCGGGAGCUUUAUGGAGAUGCUUUUUGGUGGGCGAUAUGUACUUCUUUUGAUGUCUCUGUUCUCAAUUUACUGUGGGUUGAUUUACAAUGAGUUCUUCUCUGUUCCUUUUCACAUAUUUGGUGGCUCCGCUUACAAAUGCAGAGAUGCUACUUGCAGUGAUGCACACACUGUUGGAUUAAUCAAGUACCGAGAUCCAUACCCAUUUGGUGUGGAUCCCAGUUGGCGUGGAAGUCGUUCCGAACUGCCCUUCUUGAAUUCUCUGAAAAUGAAAUUGUCUAUUCUGUUGGGUGUGGUGCAAAUGAACGUAGGAAUUAUGCUCAGUUACUUCAAUGCACGGUUUUUCAACAGCUCAAUUGAUAUAAGGUACCAGUUUGUGCCACAGAUGAUCUUCCUUAACAGUCUGUUCGGAUAUCUUUCGCUUCUAGUUGUCAUCAAGUGGUGCACCGGCUCUAAGGCUGACCUCUAUCAUGUAAUGAUUUACAUGUUCUUAAGUCCCACUGACGAUCUUGGGGUAAAUCAGUUGUUUUGGGGCCAAAGACCACUUCAGAUUAUUUUGUUAGUUUUGGCUCUAAUUGCAGUUCCCUGGAUGCUCUUUCCUAAACCUUUCAUUUUGAGGAAGCUUCAUACAGAGAGGUUUCAAGGUCGCACAUAUGGGAUGCUUGGUACCUCUGAAAUGGAUCUUGACGUGGAAACUGAUCCUGUGAGGCAACAUCAUGAGGAGUUUAAUUUCAGUGAGGUGUUUGUGCACCAGAUGAUACAUUCCAUAGAGUUUGUUCUUGGUGCAGUUUCAAAUACGGCGUCCUACCUUCGAUUGUGGGCUUUGAGCUUGGCCCACUCAGAGUUGUCAACUGUUUUCUAUGAGAAAGUCCUCCUACUCGCCUGGGGGUAUGACAGCUUUAUCAUCCGGUUGAUUGGAUUAGCUGUUUUUGCCUUUGCAACUGCCUUCAUAUUGCUCAUGAUGGAGACACUCAGUGCUUUUCUUCAUGCCUUGCGUCUUCAUUGGGUGGAAUUUCAAAAUAAGUUCUACCUUGGUGAUGGGUACAAGUUCAAACCUUUUUCCUUCGCCUCCUUAGCUACCGAGGAUGAAGAUUAGUCCGCCAAUUUUCCUAGUUCCUGGAAGUGUAUGUUGCACAAAGAAGGCAGAGGUACUUCUCAAGCCCGAAAUGCAAUCAUUUGAUGCCCCGUUUUGGGUGGCAGAGGAAGAAGAUGCAUGCAUCUUUGGUUAACAUGUUUUGGUCUUCUCGAUUUUGACAUAGAAAUGUAAAGUCCUGGCUCAUAUUCUUUUGGUGUAUUGGUUGGUACAAAAGGGUUCCGCAGAGUCAUGGUUCCCCUCCACAGGUGUAUUUUACUUGGACUGUUUUUUCUUUAAUGUCUUAUCGAAAGGGAAGGGAGAGGAUUAGAUUCACCAAUUGUAAAGAGGAGCUUGGGAAUCAUUAUACCAUGUAGGCUUUUCCAGGAUCUUAG